UUAGUUGCUGUGAGUUACCAUGAGUAAAACUUGACACAUUAUUGCUCGCCGCAGAAUAAUGCACAGAAAUUAGAUGCGUCUGCAGUGGCCUCGUUUUUCAUUUUUAUUGCAGAGCCAUAUCUUCCAUUCGUUAACAUGAAUAAAUUUCACUGACGACACCUAACUCAUUAUGUGUGCGAGAUAGUGCGAGCUCAUCUUUAGGAAUUAUCCAGGAGGGAGACGUCUGCGAGACAGAUCAUACAAUAAUCGUUGUUUAACAUUAAUUAGUCGAAAUACCUCUUAGGUAUAAUCUACUAAUUAUACAAAUUAUCUUUUUAUUUCGACUGUACGAAAUGUCAUUCAAAAAGGAUCUAAGAUUGCUCGUGAAGCCAUACUAUUUGAUAAAUAUCCUCCUCAGUGUUUCCUACAUCAUCGCCAAACGCCUUCCUGUAAUCUGUAAUUAUAUAUUUGCUCAAGACGGCUGCGAAUUCGAUGGGAGGGAGACACAGAUUCUCUUUUUCCUCAUAACUGUUGUUAUGAUAAGGACAAGAAAGACCGGCAGCGUGACCAUGAUAAAUUAUUUGACGUCCAGUUUCAUGUAUACGAAAGGAGCAAACUUGAUCUUGUGGUUCUACGCGGACGUGCGGAUGGGCAUUCUAUAUGCAUUUAUUUUUAUACUAUUUGCAUUAGUACUGCCAGAACCAAUGUACCAAGGGCCUGAGAACGUCAUCUAUUUACGUGGAGCCAAUGGAUUGCAGGAGGAAUUACAACGUGACACCAGAAUGGUCUGGCUAGUGGCAUUUUACACUGCAUGGAAUCCAGCUUGUGUAACCUUUGCACCGAUAUUUUCUGAGCUCUCUGCAGAAUACGCAUUGGAGAACUUCAAAUUCGGUAAAGUAGAUGUUGGAAGACAUCCAGAUGCUGCGGCAAAGUAUCAUGUCAGUGACGCCAGCACGAGCAAGCAGCUACCAACAUUAAUACUUUUUAAAGAUGGCAAGGAAGUAGAGCGACGUCCAUACGCGGAUCAUAAAGGGAAGCUUGUUAAAUUUCUUUUCUCGCUGGACAAUGUAAAGGCUGCAUUUGAUCUCAAUAAUAUUUAUAGUGACUGUAAAAAGAAUCCUAUCAAGAGAAAAGAAAAGAAGUUAUUGAAGGCAGAAUAAUGAAGUGAAAUACUUAGGCAUUUAAUAAGAAACUACAGUUCGUAAUUGAGCGAGUUUUAAUUAGAUAAUCUUCUACUAUGUAGAAAGUACAACA